GUUACGAUGGAAACGAUUAUCCAUCUACUAUCGCUGCUGGUGGCAACAGCCAUUAUGAUCGUGAAUGGCGACCCGAAACAAGCCAAUGGCUGCGAAGGACGAAUUAUUGGCGGCAAUGAAGUAGAUAUUAGCGAGAUCCCUUUCCAAGUUUCGUUACAGUUCGACAACUAUCCACACUUCUGCGGGGGUGUUAUUAUCUCCCGCAGUUGGGUUCUGACUGCGGGCUACUGUGCCAACAGUCAUUCCUAUCCCAUAGGAUUGCUAGUUCGCUUUGGUUCCAGUUACAUUUCGUCAGGCGGAAGUGUAAUAUAUGUGAAGCGGUCAGUGCAACAUCCACUGUACGAUUGGCUGGCGGAAGCGGAUUAUGACUUCAGUUUGCUUGAAUUGGAGCAGGAGCUCCCGUUGGAUGAACAACUGUAUCCUGUGGAAUUGCCAAUGCAGGACGAACCGGUCGAUGAUGGACUGUGUGUCCAAGUGUCCGGCUGGGGAGCAACUUCGGUCCGUGCUGAACAGCUGCAUGCAACAUAUGUCCCAAUCAUAGGCCUUGACAAAUGCCGAUAUCUUUAUAAAGAUCUCCAUAGCAUUACAGAUCGGAUGAUUUGCGCUGGGUAUCCACAGGGUGGGAAAGGUGCAUGUGAGCGUGACUCUGGUGGUCCGUUGGUAGAUGGCCGCAAACUGGUUGGAUUGGUGUCUUGGGGAGAGUCGUGUGCUCAACCCGGCCUUCCGGGAGUCUAUUCCCGAGUGGCCGCCGUUCGCGAAUGGAUUGCAGCGGUUAGCAACGUGUAAGCUGCAGUAGGACAAAAAUGCAAGCAGAUAGAGAGACGACUACUGUGGGAUUUGAGUUAAUUGCCUUUUAAUUGAGCGCCGGAGCAAGUACCGCAUCUGCAUUAAAAAAGUUAUUACCCAAGUUUAUGUUGGUUACGUAGAUUCUGCCGGUUCGUUUCACAAGAUUUGCAUGAGUCCGUUUGUCCUGCCGAUUAACUGCUUUGAGGUGUACACUGCUGGCCAAUAAAAUAGGUGUGUUAUAGAUUAUUUUGUUUUUCUCUCAAUUACACAUACCAAGUUACAGCAGUCUCAAUCACACCUACCGCACACACAAGCCUUGGUAUCUGUCAAGUUACUAGUGGGUUGUUGGCGCUGAUUAUAUUUGCAAUCUUUGUCAAGAUGCAAAACAAGACUGCCGCAGGCUUUUUUGUGUGGUCAAUAUAAUAGGUGUGUGAAAUAUAUUUAUUUCACACACCUAUUAUAUUUAUUUUACUCAAUACCAUUAUAUGUUUAAUUUGGU